UAAAAUGGAGCCAGACGAGUUUAAAAACGAGAGUAUGAUGGAGAACGGAGAAACUCCGGGUUCAGCGGAGACUAAGAAAGCAAGGAUCCGGGGAGCUCUGGAAGCAUCCGGGAUGGCCGGAAACCUGACUCCAGAUGAUAUUCAAACAUUAAAAAAGCUGAGUGAAAUUGCAAAAUCUCGGGUUCUCUCUCAACAGCAAAAAUCUCAGGCGGUGAGUUCUUUGAUCCAAUCCAACCCAAAUGUUGGACGUCUUUUGGUCAAACUUAAAUCAGAGCGAAUUGCAAAUCGUUCGGACUAUCAGAGGGCUAGCGGACUACAAGACCAGAGAACCAGUGGAUUACAGGAUCAAAGGAAUAGCGUACUACAGGACGAACAAAAUCCUGGGGGAUUAAAUCCCCAGAGAAUGAAUUCUCCUCCGUAUUCCAAUGGCAACUUUCAAUCCAACGAAACAAACAGCUCUUGGAAUCUACAAUAUCAGCAGCAAGAGCAGCAGCACCAUGCUCAGCAGCAGCAGCAGCAACAGCAACAACAGCAGCAUCAACAACCAAAUAUGAUUGAUGGUGGAGGUAUGACAGAUAUACGUAAAACCUACAAUCGCUAUACCCCUACAUAUCAUUUACCCGUCUCACAAACUCCCUGGGCCGGGCGUGGGCCGUUUAUGGCGGACACUAUGGUGGUCCAGGGGCCUGAAAUGUUGGACCCAAUACAGGCUAGAUUGGAUUCAAGUCGGGGAAGGGUUGGUCCCCAUGGGCUUCAUAUGGGGAUGGGGUAUGGAAUGAAUUCACCCCGGGCACCCUAUCAUAUAGAUAAAUAUCAGGAUAUGCGGGGACUGCCUGUUCAUGAUCAUCCCAGAAGCAUGUAUGUACACAGACAGACUGGUAUGUACAUGGACCAUCCAGGUGGUCCGAUUGGACCAGGUAUUCAGCAUGGUUUUAUCCCAUCAGGACCUGGUUACAUGAAUCAAGGACAUUUUGGACCUGGCAUUGGACCAGGAAGCCCAUCGGGUCCAGGAAUGGGACAUCCAGGAUCUAGGAUGGGACUUAAUGGACCAGGGGGCACAGGGAUGGGACCAGGAGUUCCUGGUGCAAUGAUGGGACCAGGGUUAGGAAGCCCCGUGAGCAUGAGCCACUGCGGGACUGGAGUACCUGUAAACAGUCGUGGGUUUAGAGGAGGAGGAGGAGGACAACCAUAUUACAAUCCAAAUCUGGAGAAAGAGAUCCCAACCAGCACCCCAGUCAAUGAAUCCCCUCAACUGCGUGCUCGACUGAGCGGACGAACGUUGCCUGACUACAUGCAGAACAGGCCUAGCUAUACGGGGGCGCCAAGAACCAGUUUUCCUGGAUUCCCCUCGGACAUACCGCAUGGAGGUCAAGACAGGAACAGCUUUGACCGGCCAAGCCUGGGUCUGGACAGAUCUAGUAUUCCUGUUGAGAGAACAGAAUCAGAACAAAGAACAAGUUUUCCUUCUGGUCAACCAUUUCAAAUCAAACCGCCAUUUAUCGAGACAUUUUCCAGGACUCAAAGUGAUCCAAAUGAUACCCAGGCCGACAACUUAUUUCAGGAGCUCGAAAAGUUUCCCUUCAGUGAAACACCUGAAGAUUUCGGAUCUGAGGACUUUAACAACGAACUCUUUUGUGCUGGACCUGUAGAAGAUUCUUGGAAGACCACAGUGACUGAGAAAAGGUUGACCUACCUGGAUAGGCUGGAGAAGAGCCUUGAGCUAGCUGGCGUAGGUCAGCAAUCAGAGGUGAAGACGAUGGCGUCUACUAUUGAAAGUGACGCAUUUAACGCAGCAACUACAGAGGAAAUGUACGAAGAGAUAUUGAUAUCUACAUUAGCUAGAUAUAUUCCUGAUAAUAGUGCUGUAACACCAGAUUCAACUACGAGAUUAGAUUUGGGUACAUCAGCACCAUCCUCUACUACUAGACAGGAAAGUGGAUUAAACAUUCCUUCUUCCUCUAGUGAUCUACCCCACCAAGAUAAACCUCCAAUGGUCUCUCAAGACCAAUCUAGGAGGUUAUCACAAGACCGAUCUCGGAGGCUAUCUCAAGAACCUUCUCGGGGGCUAUCUCAAGACCCCUCCCUGAGGAUUUCUCAGGACUCUUCUCAGAGGUUUCAGCAGGACUCUUCUCAGAGGCUAAAUCAGGACCAAAGCAGAACCUCAGGAUCUCUCAACAGUCCUGGGUUCUGGAGUCAAAAUCUGAACAAGUCUCAGAAUCAUUUUCAGAAUGCCACUACCCUUCAAAACUUUCAGGAGAAAAUGGACAAAUAUGAUGUUCCAAAUUCCCAAUCAUUUCCAAGCCCAUCAGUUCUAAAGUAUGAUACUGUCACAAAGUUCUCUGCUAGUGGUGUGAUCGUAAACCGUGGUGGAAGCCAUCUUGCGGCCAAUACUUUAAACUCUGAAACGAAGACGACUGGAAAUCCGCCAAAUUCUGUAGAUUCUGGUAUCGGAUCUCCGCGCUCGCUUCAAGGACCAGCAUAUUCUCCAAAGAUAUCUGGAAUUCAGAACUCUAGUCCAAAUAUCGGAUCAUCAGAAUAUUAAAAAAGUUGUAAUAUGGAUUCUGAGGAGCAAAGUUCUCUCAACUAUUGAGUUUAUGGUUCUCAAAUUUCAUUCUCAUUUUAAGGAAUUACUGAUAUUGCAUUUGUAUUUAUUUUAACUCUAUAGUUUGACAACUGAUCUUUAUUUUGCUCCUUUAAUGCCCUAUAGAGUUAAAAAACUUUUAUAUUCGGUUUUCUAACAUUUUUGAAAGUAAAUUUAUAUAGUUUAAUUGCCACGAAGAUUUCUGAUAAAGGGACUCCAGCAUAAUUUAGAACUACCCUGAAGUUAAUUUAUUAAAUGGCAGAUCGGAUUUACAACGGUAUAAAAGCAUUAAACGAACAAAUCCAUUUUUUUUUAAAGUAAGGGCUAGUUUGUAGUUCAAACUUUGCCGAAAAGAGAAUUUAAAAAAUGUCAUACUUAUUUCUUAUAGCUCCCGGCCAUGCACCCUAGUCAAACUUUUUGGUUUAAUCUAUUUUUAUUUCCGGCUUAUGUAAUACAUAAGUAGUCUGUACAUAAACUUGACAAUCCAGAGUUGAAAACUUUCGAAUCUUUUAAUCAGUAUAUCCACUGUGGACACUUUAAAUUUCUACUUAAUCCGCUCUUUCACCGUCUUUUCGAAUAUUCUAACUAGAUUCGAGCCAAUGAGAGUUCUCCAGUGAAAUGGCGCGCAAAAUUUCAAAUUUCCUGGCUUCUGAUUGUCUGUCCGGGAAUCUAAAAUCUGCAUACACAACUCUGAUUGAUGAAAUUUUAAAAACUUUCCUGAUACAAACCCAAAAGAUUAAAAUAAUCCUAAGGUUAACAAAAAGAGUAGAUCAAGCAUUGAUCUCGAUAUCACAAUUCUAAAGUUUUCAGCUAUGAAAUAUUUUCUUUCUUUCUGAAUUAUUUCAUUACGUUUUUUACGAGAUAAAUUAUUAAAAAUUUGAAAUGUUCUUUGCAUGUUUUAAACUAAAAAAAACUUCGUAUGAUUUUAUCAACAGAAAAAGCUGCAAAAUUAAUUUUCUUUUGUUUUGAAAAUUACUGGCAAACAUUUUUGUUAAUAUGAGUGAAAAAACUGUGUAAAAUGAUAUUUUUGUAUUUAUUACCACUUAGAGCUUGGAAUUAGAUUUUAAACAAUUAGAGAUUUCGUAGAAGUAAAAUGGAAAUAAACCAAAUCAGUCUAAAAAUCAAUGAUUUUGACUAAAAAUUGUUGACAGUGAUUAUAAAACACCGAAGCUUGAGAAAAAGAGCUUAUUUCUGAUAUUUGUCAGAUUUUUUACUUGUAACUAAUGUAACUGUAUAUUAUGAAUGUAUAACUUGUUGUAAACUGUAGACUGUAAACAUAAACUGUAAACCUGUUAACUGUGUAAUAUGAUAAACUGUUCAAUAGUUAUGUACCGUUAAUACUUGUAUUGAACUCCACAUAUUCUUUAGUGUACAGUGUACAUUGUACGGACAAGAUAUAAAGUUGGAAGAUUAUUCUCUGAUAUUGAUGUUGUACAGUCACCAUUUCCUACAGUCGUCGUCGUAUAUAUCAAUACAAUAAAGACAACUUUCUGUUUCAAUUUUGAUUGUUACCAAGCAUAGAUUAGAUACAAAGCUUGGAUAUACAUAAACAUGAAACAUUAAGAGAAGUUGUCAAUUGACAGUUUCUCUCUUUGUUCUGUAAUUUGAAAAGGUUUGAUAGAAAUCAAAACUUAAACAGAAAAGUUGUCUUCAAACCAUCAAAAUCCUUCAAACCCUAUCCCGGUAGGGUCGGGGGGUGGGGUAUGGGGGGGUCCACUUAACAAAAAAGCAACUGCACCCAAAAAAAACUCAUCAAGGACAACAUUUGUAAUGUUUGAAAAAGCCGUGACUAAAUAAAUGUUUAAAAUAGUAACAACUUUUUGAGAGAUUGAUAUAUGGCCGGGCCUAAACUACCAGUUUUAAAAAAACAUGUUACACAUUUUCGAAUGUGAUUUAUCAUUAUUCAAUAUUUUUCCGACGUACUUUUGCUCAUUGUUUAAAAUUUCUCCUGUUCUAUAACCUGUACUAUAAGAAUUGGCAUUUUUUAAGUUUUUAACUAUUGGUAUUUAUCACUCAGCACUAUCUCAUUUCGUAUAGAAAUUUAGGGGGGGGGGGUAAAAAUAGUACAAUCGGGAUAGGGUUUAUCCAAAGAAGAUUCUUAGCUUUAUUGUAUAGUCAUUCCAUAAUAAAAAAAAUCAAUCCAUUUAAUCUGAUGGUUUUCAAUCUCUGAAAAGGGGUUCUCUAACGAUUUAGAUCCUGUUUUUGUUUUCUUAUAGAAUCAACUUUUUUUGUCAACUGAAUCAUUUUUUCACGCUUCAAUUUUGUAUUUCACACAAUCCAACGAUCCGUGAUAUAUAAUAACCCCACACAAAAAACAGGGAACUCUCCCUUAGUAAAAGUAUAUAAAUGUUAAAUCAAUGGACGUCUCUCUCUAGCCCCCCCCCCCCCUCCGUGGACCAUUAGUGUUGAAUAUAGUUCGUGAUAUUAUUAUUCUUUACAUAUUGUUCUCUAUUCUCCAUAUCUAUAUAUACAUAUAAUAUAUAUAUAUUGUUAUAAGAAUAAAUUGUAUUUCCUUAA